AUGGAUAUCCUGCUGGCCAAAGUCACCCAGCAGGCCAUGAACUAUGCCAUCCGCUCAGGUAUAGCCAUUACAAGCACAUAUGCCAUACGACAAUGCACGAGACUAGUCAAGACAGCACCCAGAGGAGGCAAGCGCGAGGAAUUGCUGAACCUCCAAGUUCGACUGGAGAGUAAAAUCAGAAUCAUUUCACCAGCUAUCGAUAUGAUAGAGUUGAUUGCGGCUCGUGGAAACACUUCUCUGGAAUCUGCCGUCACUCUGACCAAGGAUUUGCGCUGGGAGAUUCAGGCGCUCGGUAUCCGUCUGGCCAACGCUGCCAACGAAGAGGAACUGUACCGGCGGAAGAGUCUACGUGCAAAGUCGAAGGAGCAGAACGAGCUGGAGCUGCAACUCAUCGUCUCGGAUGUCAAAAAGCUACUGGCUCGCAUUGAAGAUGCCGUACCACUAAUCAAUCUCGCCAUCACCACCUCUGGAGUCAACUUAUCCACAAAUUUACCUGCCACUGUCUCACCAUCUCGUCUUUUGCAAGCCAGCACUUUCCUCACAGCCGCUGACUCACAAUACAUGGCAACUCCUGGUCAAAACAUCCAAGUGGGUCCAGUAUACACCCUUUCGGUGUAUAUGCUCUUCGCGAGUCAUACAAAUAGACCACAUGACGAGGAAACCGCCCGUGAAGCCACCUGGAAGGAAGUCAUUCACAAGGCCAGAGUCAAGCUUGUGCGCGUGCCACUGGACAGUCUGUACAAUCUGCCUGGAAGCACGACAACUCCGAGCGGCGCACGCUAUUUCCCCAAGGAACUACCUUCUGACAAUUCAUCGGUCGAAUAUGCGUAUCAGUUGGUAGUCAUCGAAGACUUGGACGACGACAGAGUACACACUUUCGAAGAGGAUGAGCCUCAACCCGGUCCAUUCGAAGAAGUCGCCCUUGCUGGUAUUCGAGAUGUGAUACCCAUUCAUGAAAUCUCCAAGAUCUUCUACGCCGACACUGGCAAGAUUCUCAACAUUGGGUCCGAUGGCGAGACCAACAACCCUAUCUUGCUACUGAAGCGAGACAUCCACGCCGAGCCACCAAGACGCAUGAUGGAGAGACGGUACAGCGAGGGUCAAGACUACUAUGAUGAUGACGAAGAAGAAGAUCAGCGACCGCAGGAGAGUGACGACACAGAUCCAGACGAUCAUCAGUCACAAAUCAAUGCUCAGAUUCUACGGGACUCAACGCCUCAGCCUCAAACCGAAAAGAAGGAGACAACAUCACGACAAGAUACAGACGCGCACUGGCGACUCCCUCCAGACCUGGACCCGGAAUGGAUCGCCUUCGAGGUCUACUCUGAGGAAGCACCAUCUGACGACGAAGACGAAGAAGAGGAUUCAGCCACACCCGACCCUCUCACAACACCUCGACCCCGUCAAACCUCUCUAGACCCUGACCUCACUACCGGUCUCUCCUCUCUCAACCUCCAACCAUCCUCGACACCAAACAGAAACAACCAGCUCCUGCCUCCACAACCCUCACCCCUCCGCUACACGCCCUCACCAGCUCCACAAACCACCAUCCGCACCUCCCUGUCCCUCCUCGAGAUGCUCAUCCGCCUAACCGCCCUCCAACAAUUCCGCCAAUCCUCACAUCUCACCAUCGAAGACGAACUCCUAAACUUCUUCCUCGAGGAUAGCGCAACCACCGGCGCGGGUUCCAAUGCUGAGUAUCGGCAACGAGUUCGUAGAGAUGCUCGUCGUAGAGUAGGCUUUGAUCCUUACGAUGAAUCACCCAUCAAGAGGCGCGGAGAGGAAUACCUCCAACAUCCCCGCAGCGGCAAUACACCAUCGCGCUACACCGGUGCAGAAGAAGGAGAGACCGAGUACGAAAGAGGAUACAGAGAAGCUAGUCAAGGAUGGGAGAGCGUAAAGCAAAGUAUCGAGUAUCCAGGCUACUUCUCCGGCCAACAGAGGAGUUCGUCGAGUAUGCCGUCGAGUCCUUCGCUUUUGAAUAGGGAGAGGGCUGAUCAGAGUCCCUUUCCGAGCAGAGAAUCCGGGACGCCGGGGAAGAAGGGAAGGAAAGGGGUGUUGAGGACAAAGGAGGCGAUCCCUAGGAGUCCACUUGGGAGGGAGAGUCCAGGGUCGUGA